UACAGAUUUUAAUACAGAUCAUGAUUUGUGUUAUAAUUUAAAAUAUUACGCCAACGACAUUUCACAAUUAAUUGUAUCGUAUGGCGAUAAUGAUAGUGGACUAAUGCUAACAAAACAAUACCAUGAUCAAGAUUUGAGCCAGCAACGUAUUUGUGUUUCCGAUUUAACGCCAAAGUUGGAAAAAAGUUUUACGAUAAAGUUUUGGCCAAAGUUUGCGUAUAAAGAUCGAAGGAUCGGGGUUAAUAUACCCGAAAAUGUUAGUCAAAUGUCGGAAAAGAUUGAAAAUUAUGUUGAAUAUAUUCCACGAUUUGAUGAUAUUUCAAAACCUACAUUUAAUUCACUUUUCCCCACAAGAAUUGAGCCUGAACAAAAUAAUUUCUGGACUAACCCUCCUGGCACAUCGAAAAUAGUGUUCGCUCCCAAUAACUCAUGGAAUGAUACUAUGAGUUCGUAUUUGAUUAGUAGAUGGCUAAAAAAGACAACUGACCAAGUUGUUUUGCGAUUUGACAUUGAAAGCAAUUUUAGGGAUUUCAUAAUACAAUUUAUAACCUUUGAUGAGAAAAUGAACAUGAAUAUUUCUGAAGUUAUAUUUGGCGAUCUGGUCAUGGACAAAAAUGCCAAGCAAACAAAGAUUGGUAACCAUGUGAUCCUAAACGGUAUGCAUGGAGAUGACUAUUGCAAGAGUAAAAAUAUUGGCAAAUGCUUAAUUGAUAAACAACAUAUGGAUUCGUUCAAGUGCGAUUGUAAUGGAAAACCUGGUUUAUACUGGGAUCAUGAUAAGUUCGAGUUGAUAUAA